GGCGGGGCGCGGCGCGGCGCGAGGCGGGCACUCCCGGUGAGUCCCACUUCCCGAUAGCCGGGCUCGGUCAGCGACUGGGCGGGGAGGUGGAGGAUGGCAGUGAGCUUAUCGGCCAUUACCCUCUGUCUUGCCAGCGCCAGUAGUCGUGUGGCGGCGACCACGAUGGACCCGGAGCCAGUGGGCCGUGGGGAAGGAGAAGUCUCAGCAUCUGGAGCUGCGGCCGCCGCCUCAUUCAGGGAACCGGCGCGGCAGAUGAGUAACGAGAGAGGCUUUGACAAUGUAGAACUGGGAGUCAUAGGAAAAAAGAAGAAAGUCCCAAGGAGAGUCAUCCACUUUGUUAGUGGUGAAACAAUGGAAGAAUACAGCACAGAUGAAGAUGAAGUCGAUGGCCUGGAGAAGAAAGAUGUUUUGCCAACUGUUGAUCCGACAAAACUUACCUGGGGUCCCUAUUUAUGGUUUUACAUGCUUCGGGCUGCCACAUCAACCCUCUCAGUGUGUGACUUCCUUGGAGAGAAGAUUGCAUCUGUUUUGGGCAUCAGCACCCCAAAGUACCAAUAUGCCAUUGAUGAGUAUUACCGGAUGAAGAAGGAGGAAGAAGAGGAGGAGGAAGAAAACAGGAUGUCUGAAGAAGCAGAAAGACAAUACCAGCAAAAUAAACUGCAGACUGAUUCCAUUGUUCAGACAGAUCAACCAGAAACAGUGGUAUCCAGUUCAUUUGUGAAUCUCAAUUUUGAAAUGGAGGGAGACAGUGAAGUAAUUAUGGAAAGCAAACAAAAUCCAGUCUCUGUCCCACCGUAGAAUGAAAUGACUAUCAAACUUCAAACACUAAGGUUUCUUUUUUUUUUAUACCAAGAACUUUCAUAUUCUCUAUUCAGUGGAACUUAAUAGAGUUAUUUAUGCUCUAAAUUAUUAUCUGGAAAGGGAAAAUGUUUCUUCAUUCUUAGUCUCUAUCUAGCAAAAGCCAGCUCUGAAAUUUGGGUAUUUGUACUGUUUUUACUAUGUCAAAUUAGUGCUUUGGUUUUAAAAUGAUUUUUUAAAAAAGGACAUUCUAGAAGCAUAAUCACUAGUUAAGAAGAGUUAAAUUAUCAAGCUUGUUUGUCUGUUGUGUAUUUGUUAAUAAAAAACAAGGUAAGUUGCAGAUGAAGGCUAAUUGGAUCUGAUAAUCUUACAGUUUCAGAUUAAAAUGAGGAUUUUUUUCCGUGUAUUUUCUCAUGUUAUGCCUUGAGUUUAUAUAUCUAACCAUUAAUUUCAUACUAAGGAUGGUUCACUAAGUGUAUAAUAAAAGGAGCAAGAUGGAUGCACUUUGAAUUUUCUUUCAUUGAGAAUAACUUUUUAUGGAAAACUGGAGUUUAUAACAGCAAAUAUCAAGAUGGGUUUCCAUUUUUUAAUACAAGUUACUUAAUAUUCUUUUUCAGUAGUUAUUCAAAUUAAAUAGCUAGCUUUGAACUAAUGUUAAAAAUGCUAGUUAUGGAAUGAAUUUGUUAGUGUAUUUUUAUUCAAGAGGUAAUACAUAGUGAUUGUUCAUAUGGCAUUCUGGUUAUGUCACUCAUUAAGCCCUAAUGCCUCCUGUAGGCAAAGUAGUUUGAGAAAAGAGGGGAUGGGGGAUAGGUGUAGAUUUAACCCAUCAGCAGGUGUCAAAUACUGUACAGGUGCAGUGGUAGCAUAAUGAAUUUAUGUGUCACUCACCAUUUUAAAGUAGCAACAGUAAGGUGGACAGUUUACUUGAACAGGUUGGCCAUUUCUCUAUCUACUGAGGUAUUUGCAAACCUUACAAAGGUAUGCAGUAUAAAGCUAAUUUUUUAAAUAUUCCUAAAUGUGUGUACAGAACCUUUUUGAGAUAUCUGUGACUAACUUUGUAAAUAACUUUGAUUUAUAACUAAAUGUAGGUAAGGAAGAAUGUGUGGAGUAUUUUAGACAUGUUGAUCUUAAAAGUCUUUUCAGAAACUUAAUUGAGCUUUUAGAAAUUAAUGGUUAUGUUAAUAGCCUUCUAAACAGCAUUACGUAUUCAAUCUUAAAUAUAUCUAUAUAAAAUAUAGCUUCAGAGAAACUAACACUGUAGGUAGAGGGGGUCUAUUAUGGAAAUCUGUUGUCAGUGAACAUGAACUAUUAAUAAGUUCUUUAAGCAAAAGUUGAAGAAUGUAGGAAGGAUAAUUAAACUCAUUAGGAGUCUUCAGUUACACCAGUAAACAUGAAUAUGUAAACAUGAAUAUGGUGUAUAGUAAGUGAUGGGGUAAUCAUUUUAUUUAUGGGUAUAAACUCUUUAUAACUUAGUGCUUAAAAGAUUAUGUAAUUAAUGUCCCAUAAAUUACAUUUUACCAAUAGCUCUAAAACAUGCUAACCUGAUCUCCUCUCCAGUUUGUUUUUAAUUUCAUUUGAAUUAGUACCUUCAACUCAGAUAUGUAUUUGUUUAUCAAGUGAAGGUAGGUUAUGUCUAAAGGUAAUCUUCUGAAUAUUCUCUCCCUAGAGGCACUAGUAACUAAAAGAGUUUACCUACAAACUUUUCUGAUUGUAGUUUAAGGAAGAUAGUAACUUAUGAAGGUUUUAUGUUUCUUGAAUUUUACUUUUGAUACUUGUCCAAUAGUGGCCAGUUUAUAAUGUUUAAAUAUAGUUAUUCACUGUGCCUUAAAUUUUAUACUUGUUUAUGCAAACUAUAACAUUUCCCAUAAAUG